GGGCGGUAGAACGCGCGGGUUUUGCUUCGAUUUGUCAACAGGACAAGUGGAUAAAGCAGCAAGAAGCUAAUAGUUUUAGCUUUGCGAACAGCUUCUACUACAACAGCGAGCAAGAACCAACUUCUGUUCUUCAUAUGAGAAGAAGCCAAAGCCCGCCCACAUCAGCAUCCACUCUCUCUUCUUCUUUCAACGGCGGAGCCGCCGCUGCAGGCGGCGGAGGUAAUUCCAUCGACAACACCAACACCACGGCGGCAACCAUAGCACCACCUGAGAUUCCACUUCCAAACAACAACAAAGAAGAAUGGGCCACGGAGCUUCAACCGAUCCCGAGUGAACUUGACCUUGUUCCAGGGCCUGGAGGUGCUCAAAGAUGCAAUCUUGGAUUGGAAGAUUGGGAGACUAUGCUUUCUGAAUCAGCCGUGUUACCAAGCCAAGACCAUUCGCUUCUGCGAUGGAUCGCUGGUGACGUGGAUGGCUAUUCUUUUGGUCUCAAACAGCUGCUUCAGUGUGGGAGUACUGGUCCUAAUCAGUGUCUAGAUUUUGAAGGCAAUGCAGGGUCGGGGGUCGUUGAUCAGGGUCCAGGGUUUGACCCAAUUCCUUGCCUUGUUAGUUCUGGUCCUGGAAAUGUAGUUUCAAGUGCUGCUCCUAAUUUGGGUGGUUUUCCUGGUUCUGGGUUUGUGCCAAAUUCCAACAAAAAUGGGAAUGGAAAGAUUGGUUCAGUCAUGCCAAGUUGUUCUUUAGUUGAUGCGGUUAACAAUCACAAGGUUCUUGGUGCUCCUGUUGGGUUGAAUACUAGUAUUCAAAAUCCAAUGUUUACUUCUCCCGGAAACAGUAUUGGUCUUCCUGUUUCUUUGCCUGUGCUUUAUCAACAUCAGCAGCAAGAUCAAUAUCUUGAAAGCCAAGAAGAGAAACCUCAGAUUUUGAAUCCACAGGUUUUGAUGGGUCAGCCCCAACAUCCUCAAAAUCCAAACUUUUUCUUGCCAUUACCUCAAGAACAGCACCUUCUUCAGCCUUUACCAAAGCGCCUCAAUCCUGGUAACUUAGAACUUUCUUCUCAGAUCCCAAAUCUCCCAUUUUCUGAUGCCGGACAUGAGUUGUUUAUGAGAAAGCAGCAGCAACAACAUAUGGGGUUUCCUCAGGGAGUUCAGUUUGUUCCUCAACAGAAGCCGCUGAUGGUGGCAAAACAGAAAGUGUUGGGUCCAGAAGAGGAGAUGGCUCAACAACAGCAACAACAUCAGUACCAGUUAUACCAGCAACAACAAGCCACAUUGUUCGACCUUAUUUACAAGGCUGCAGAGUUGGUAGGAACUGGUAAUUUUUCACACGCGCAAGGGAUAUUGGCGCGGCUCAAUCACCAGCUGUCUCCAGUAGGUAAGCCCCUUCAAAGGGCUGCUUUCUACUUCAAGGAGGCUUUGCAAUUGCUUCUCAUGAAUAACCCAGUCUUUCCCCCGCCUCCAAGGAGCCCCACCCCUUUCGAUGUUAUCUUCAAAAUGGGGGCUUAUAAGGUCUUCUCUGAAGUCUCUCCCUUUAUCCAAUUCGUUAAUUUUACCUGCAACCAGGCCCUCCUUGAAGCUCUUGAUGAUGCUGAUCGGAUUCACAUUGUGGACUUUGAUAUUGGAUUUGGUGCUCAAUGGGCUUCCUUUAUGCAGGAGCUUCCCAUGAGGAGCAGAGGAGCUCCUUCAUUGAGAAUUACUGCCUUUGCUUCACCUUCAACGCAUCAUCUUGUUGAGCUUGGGCUUAUGCGUGAAAAUCUUAUGCAAUUUGCUAAUGAAAUUGGUUUAAGUUUUGAGCUAGAGGUGCUUAAUUUUGAUUCUUUAGAUCAAACCCCGUAUUCUCUGCCAAUGUUUCGGUCAAAUGAAAUUGAGGCAGUUGCGGUGAAUUUUCCCAUUUGGUCUUCUUCCAAACAGCCCUCUGCUUUGCCCAACCUUCUGCGCUUUGUGAAGCAGCUUUCGCCAAAAAUUGUGGUGACUUUAGACCAAGGGUGUGAUAGAAAUGAUCUGCCAUUCCCACAACAUAUAAUCCAUGCGUUUCAGUUAUAUAUAAACCUAUUAGAAUCACUUGAUGCCGUUAAUGUGACUUCUGAUGCUGUGAACAAGAUUGAGAGGUUCCUUCUUGUGCCAAGAAUUGAAAGUACUGUGUUGGGGCGUUGGCAUGCACCUGAGAAAAUGCCUCUUUGGAGGACACUUUUUUCCUCAGCUGGUUUCACCCCUUUAACAUUCAGUAACUUCACUGAAACUCAAGCAGAAUGUGUAUUAAAGAGGGCCAAAGUGAGUGGGUUUCAUGUUGAGAAGCGCCAGGCUUCACUUGUGCUUUGCUGGCAACAGAGGGAUCUUGUCUCAGCUUCAGCUUGGAGGUGCUGAGGAGCAGCAUCGGGCAGGCAGGGGAGGUUGGUUUCUUUAGCAACUCGCAAUCCAUCAACUCUAUCCUGAAUUAUGAAUUAAGUCAAUAAUUACUAAAAUCUGCUGCUUUUAUGACUUAAUACUAGUGAAUUGUCUUGCUUGUAAGUCUUCUCUGCUUGUUUUUCUAGCACAGACGCAAUUGCCCGUAGAAGAAAACAUCUGACUGGAAAAGUCAAAAGUCUGUUAGGGGCAUAUUGAUAUUUCUGCUAUGGUAGUCUGAUGUCUGUUGUUUUUUUUUUUUUUUUGGUGAGAAGCUGUAUUUUCUUCUGGUUAAGGUGGUGAUUUGUUGAAUAUUUGACAACAAAUGCAAACUAAAAUUGCAAAUACAGAUUACCAGAAUUUAGUUUUAUGUUUCUGGGGUGCUGUUGAUAAGUUCUCAAAUUGUAUGUUAGUUUGAUGUUUGAAUCCAAAUUCCUACUUUUCUACUAUGUUGCAUAUAAUGCAUAUUUUAAUAUGAGACGUCUAUGCCUUUGCGUGUCGUCUGGAGCUAUUGCCCAGUUUAGAACUGGUUCAUUGAUAACAAAUGAUUAAAAAAACUAUUUUCUUGUGCAUAGUUAGAGUAGUGAUUUUUCUUGAUGAUGUUUAGAUUUAGUUGAAAAGGUGAUCAGAUUGAAGAAGUGCUAAAGCAA